UUAAAGCAAAAUGCACGCUGGGUGAAUAUCUCAACAUCUCUGCUCGCACCUGUUCUCCAUGUCCUGUGGGUACAUACAACCAGAUUGGCAGUAACGUUACAGUCUGCGCUCCAUGUCCUCAGAACAAGAUUACCAUUGGCACUGGAGCACUAUCUAUUGAUGCCUGCAAUAUCACGGACUGUGUUUGGGGGCAGUACCGGGUAUAUGGCGGUUGCAUGAACUGUCCAAAGGGAAGUUACCAGCCACAGAAGUCGCAGGACAGUUGUAUACAGUGUCCUCCAGGGAAUACCACCCUCCUUACAGGACAAAUUUACGAAUCAGCUUGUAUUGAUGAUUGCCCUGAUGGGACAGCUUAUAGCAUGGUUUCCAAUGAAUGUGAACGAUGCAUUAUUGGAUAUUACCGCAAAAAGACUGAAACAGUGAGCUGCGUCAAGUGUUCUCUAGGAAAAACAACACUUAGCCAAGGAGCAAGCAGCUGCAUUGAUCUUGUGGAAGGCACUACAAGUUCACCCAGUCCUGUCAUCAAAAAAUUUUUCAUGAGAACAAUCAUUAGAAUGCAGAUUGAGGAGUGCAGCAACACUGUGCAUAUAGCAGCUGCUAUUAGGAGAUUUAUCCUAAACAGACUUCUCUCUGCUGAUGCAAUGUUCCCACAACUAUGUGCAUCAUAUUGUCAAGCUGAUCUGAGCGUUCGUUUCAUUGGUGGCUGUCUGUCCAAUUCACGGAGGAAGAAGCGAAGUACAGACCAAGAUGUUCUGAUACAACUUGCCAAUGUCACUGAGGAGGUCUUAGGAACUGGUUCAAGUGGAAUAAGCGUCACAGAGAGAUCUCAGGAUGUUGUUACCAGAGCCUUCUAUGACACAACGCAAGAUGCAUCUCUCCUGACUGACAAUUUGCUGAAAUUUGUUGCCAUCAUUAAUACUGCAAUGAACGAGCAGUGUAACCCUGGUCAGCGUAUAGAUGGCACCUCUUGUGUGGACUGCUCUGCUGGGUAUAAUUCCACUAAUGGAACAUCUAGUAUGUGUACACCAUGUGAAAUGAACACUUAUCAAGAUACACCUGGCCAGGCAUCCUGCAAACCUUGCUCAGCGAAUACCUACUCAAAUAUCACAGCUUCAACUUCCAGCAGUAACUGCAUCAGUAAGAAGAUUAGUUAUUCAAAAAUAUCUUUUGCAGUACCUGUGAACUUAUAUAUUUUAAUUAUCUGUUUGAUAAUUUAUUUGUUGGUUUUUGUCUUGUCUUUUAUUCAUUCAAUCAAUCACACCAAUAAUUUUUUUCAAAAGUGAUUCUCAUCAGAUUAUGUGAUGGCUGAUUAGAUGUGAAACAGUAUUGUAAGACAGUGUCAUUCAUUCAUUGACUGGUACCGGUCGGUGAGGGGAGCAUAUAUGGAUAGAUACCUCCAGAGAGGCCUGUCUUGAAUGAUGGUGAACAGGUCAUGAACCGAACGACCUAUAUCCAUUUCUUCACACUCCUAAACCCUUUCAUUAGUUUUAUAUAUCCUGUAUGAGAACCAGAUAUUUAAAUUUGAUAUUAGAAUUAGUCUGGCACCUGCAUUAUAUUAAUGCUUGAGGCAACCACCAUCUUUGUGAGAUUGAGAAAUAUACUGGAUUAUUAAGCCAAUUUCAUGGAUCUUGCUGCAACAUUUCCUUAAAGCACUGUAUUCAGGUGAGUUUUCACUUUAUAAAUUGUUUAUUUAAAAAUAUCCAGUAGAUAUUCUUGUUUACUGUAUUAAAGUUUUAGGCCUAUCAUAUUUAUUUUAAAAUGUUCUGUAGUGAUUCUCGUUUAUCAUAUAUCAGGUUAAAUAUCAGGAAACCAGCUUCCUCGUGUCCUGGGCAUAGUGAGAGUGUAAGAAGAUCUAUAAAAUGACUACUUUUACAUGUCUACCAUGGUUAAUUAUUUGAAAAGGCAUAUUUCCUCAUUCUUUUAGCAUAGUCAUGUUACUGAUUUUAGAUUAUUAAUUAAUAAUAAUAAUAAUUAUGUAAUCUUGUGCAGGCAA